AUGCCCUUUGGAAUCCCCAAGGUUGAACACAACGAGAAGGGCCCGAUCUUCACUGCCAUUGCGCAGAGUUGGUCAGUCCUACAGAACGAGAUGGUAUUCGUCUCAAUGUUGACGAACCUUAUGCACAGUCUACAGGCUUUCGCUACUCGCCGCCAGAUGCGUCUAACAGAGGAGACUCAGAUGGCAUUUCUCCAUCCCGGUGAAGUCAUUUACGAUUCAGAUCGUGCUGCCAAUGUGGGCAAGGCUGAGCCCUCCCCAGGAGCCGAACAUAUGUGGAUCUAUCCUAAACUUAAGGAUCGCAUAAGGAUUGAUCUACAAGGAUUUUGUGCCUGGUCAAUUGUGCGCUAUAGGGGCCUCCUUGUUCCCUGUACACCAAGCAUUGGUAUACUCAGGUGGAGAGGCAAAUACUACGGUUUCUCCUCCACUCAAGCCGCCGAGGAAUUUGAACAUGCCGUUGAAAAGUACGUAAAACCAUUUUGCGUUAUUUGUUGUUGCCUCUAA